AUUGGAUCAGCAAUACUUCGCUUAAAUUACUAAAGAAAAACUUAGUAGACUAUUCCACCAGCAUGUCAGUUGAACCACUAUCUAUCGAUAAUUUAACAAUCCCAUCUGAAAACUACGAAGAAAACGAGUUCCUGGCAAAUAUUGGAUUACUAUCUACGACAAUAAUGACGCGUCGUCAGUUGAAGAAAGCAAAAAAGCUGGUGGCGGAAGGCGAAAAUGAUGAGUUAUUUAUUAAACUGCCUGCUUUUGGGGCGCGAAGCAGAAUUUCUGAGAAGCCAGCGAUCCAGGAGAAGAUUAAACCAAAGGUUUCGUCCAAAAGGAGAGCGGCCUUUUCAAAAGGUUCCAAAAUAUCUGCAGACUUCUCGGAGGACGAUGAAGAGAAGGAAAAGGAGCAGGGCGAUCCUUACCCAACUGAUUCUAUACUUGGCAAGAGAUUGUACAACUUCCUGAAGUACCUCAGCUCGCACCGUUGGAUUUGGUGUGAGUUUAUGGACUCCUUCCUGGACAAACCCACCCUGGGCAUGGGCUACGAUAUGAAGCGGUUUAUAGCGGAGUACUGUCCGCUCCUGGAGUCCCGCUGCUUGCCCCGCCGAGGAUGGCAAUUGAUACGCCGGAGUAUGGGAAAGUCGCGUCGAUUUUCGCCCGCCUUCAUCGAACUGGAACGCAAGGAACUGGAGUGCAAGCGGCGCCUUGUCCGCCAGUUGCAGCAGAAUCAGUUCCAUUCCAAGGAGAACAUGCCCUACAUUGACCAGAUACCCAAGCAAAUUCCACUGCCGCUGGUGGCGGAUGCCAAGGUCAGUGGCUUUCUGCACGGACAUUCGCUCAAGGGCAUCGUCAAUGGCAGUGUCAUGGGCUACGAUCCGCAGUACUUCACCUACGUGGUUCGAUUCGCUAGAAAUGGUAAUGCCGUGGUGCUCAGUCUGCCCGAUUCACGGCUCUAUUCCAAUCAGGAAACCGCGACUGUUCCCCUGUCCAUUUUAAUGCGCGACCACAAAUCGACGGCGAUUAUAUCGGAGACUGCCGCCAAAAGGGAGAAGUUCGGAAACAAGAGGUACAACAAGGAACUUCUGGAGUCCGUGCUGAAAGUCAGUAAUUUAAAGGGUGUUAAGCAGAAAAUCGUCAUGGACCUGGCCCAAAUGAAUGAGGAUUUCGAGACUGGCAAGGAGACGGGUCUUUCAAGUUGUCGUCGCGAUGCCAAGAUCACUCCGCAGCGCGAGAAUCUGCAGCGUCGCUAUGCUGCCAGCAUGAUAACGCUGCACCGGUUGAACACCGAUAUCCUGGAGCCACUGCGCAUCCUGCAUGACCACCUGACCGAGUACCGAAAGCUGGAGGAGGAGCAGGAGGCCAAGCGCGGUCGUCCCGCCAGCGAAGUAUAUCAGAAGUGCCGCAAGCAGGCGGAACAGGAUCUCAAGGCGGCCGGAGAUGAGAAAUUCCUGAAGAUUGAAUCGGAUCAGACGCGGGAGUUCGUCUGCAACCUGCACACCAUACUGUAUCUCAAUGGCAAGCUGGGCCGCGAGAAUAGCUCCGAUAUGGAGACGAUUAUCGAGGAUCUUAUUGCCCAUAUGGUGGACAAUAUCCAGCCAUCGCUGGGCCGCCAAUUCAAGGAGGCCCUGGAUGACCUGAUGCCACUGCGUCAGCAGGUGGCUAAAAUAUUCAAUGACGUGCAAAAAACGGACCGCUUCAACAUCACCCAACAGUCUCCAAUGCAAACGGAGGAUGGCAUCUACAACUUUGUGGUCGAGGCCCAAGCGGAUUCUUCCUGCUAAACAGCGUUUACUUCUGUACCUUUGGAAUGCGGAAAUAAAGCCUCCCUCUUAUUUAUGGCUCAA